ACUCGCUGUUGACUGCCGACAUGCUGGUGGAGAUGAUCGCUCUGCCCUAUGGAUGUGCUGGUUCAGCCCCCCAGCGGAACGGCGCCAAAAAAAAACCCCCCCGUAUGCACAGAGUUGCACGUUGAUUAGUGACCGGCACUCGUUAUCCUCAGGGCAUGGGACGAGGCGCAGCAUGGGACUGGGGGGUGACGUAAAAGUCGCCGAGUGCUUAUUAUAGGGUGGCUGUUCUUCAGGGAACGUGUCUAAGUAGCCUCGGGCGUCAUCAAGCCAAGCUGUAGUACGACAUCCAACCUGCCAGAACGAAUAAAAGAGAGACAGAGAGAGGGAGAGAGGGAGAGAGAGGAAAGAGAAGAAGAUAUGCAGAAUCAGAGGCGGAGAGUCACACACACUCGCUCCAGGGCGGGAUGCCGGACCUGUCGACUGAGACAUAUCAAAUGCGACGAGACCCCCCGCGCGUGUCGAAACUGUGCCUCGAGCGGGCGAGUCUGCGAUGGCUACGAUCUGCACCGUCUGCCGCCGGGCGGAGGACGCAAGAGCCGCUGCUCGCCCACCCUGUCCGUCUCGUUGUCCACCAUGAUGACUGCCUUACCGGCGGGAAUCACCAGUGACGAGCGGCGGUGCUUUGCCUUCUUCCACCACCGCACCAUGCCCGCCAUGGUGGGCUUCUUCCCCUCCCCGCUGUGGCAGCAGCAUUUCCAGCGGAUGGGCCACGCCGACCCGGCCAUCUUCCAUGCGGCCGUCGGUCUGAGCGCCUUACACGAGGACUACGAGGCCCACGGCAUGCCGCUCUGCAUGGAGGAUCCCCAGAGCCACCACCACUGCUUCGCCUUGGAGCAGUUCAACCGUGCCGUCGCCUGUCUGAGCGGUCGCCGCACCUCCCGCGACCCGAAACUCCGCGAAGUCACCCUCAUGUGCUGCCUCCUCUUCAUCCUGACCGAGUUGCUGUGUGGGAAAUACCAACGGGCCCUGUCUCAUCUGCGCGGGGGGGUUUUCAUCCUAAAAGACAUGCGAGACGCGGGCUUAUUGCUGGCGGACAGCCCACACCACCAAGGUGAUCUGGGUCGCUGUCUGGCCGACGUGUUUACCCACCUGCAGAUGCAAGCAUCUUGUUACAAUGCGUCGAGUCUGUUUCGGAACGAGGAGGAGAAACAAGAAGAGGGAAAGGAAGAACAAGAACAAGAACAACAAGAAGAAGAAGAAGAAGAACCGGCUACGCUGUUCACCUUCCUGGGUGUCGCUGAUGCCCGCCGAACGUUCGACUUGCUCAUGGGCGGUCUGUACCCGCUCACAUCGACCAUCAAGCUCCUAUCCCCGCAGGAGCUGGGAAUACAAUACACCACUCUUGCAGCCCGGAUUGCACGGUUCCAGCGGCGACUAGAACUGUUCGAAACCUCUCUUGCUGCUUUGGUCGCCCGCUCACACGCCUCGUUCACCAGCCACGACCGCGUCGGUAUCGAGGUGCUCCGCUUAUGGUGUCUUGAGACCUCGGUCUUGCUGUCUACUAGUCUGGCGGGGGACGAGAUGGUGUUUGACGAGUACACUGCUGAAUUUGAGCAGAUGGUCGUCCUCAGCAAUCACAUUGCGCACAGCUUCGGUGAUGAAAAGGAUUCUCCUUCUCCUUCUCCUUCCUCCUCUUCUUCUCUUACCUCCUCUUCUACUACCGCUUUAUCCUCUUCUUCUUCUUCUUCUUCUUCUUCUUCUUCUUCUUCUUCUUCUUCUUCUUCUUCUUCUUCUUCUUCUUCUACUACUACUACUACAAGGCCAAGUUUCUCACUAUAUAUCGGAAUAAUCCCCAGUCUAUAUUUCGUGGCCGCAAAAUGUCGAGACCCAAUACUACGCACACGGGCGAUCCGCACAUUACGCGCCUGGCCUCACCGCGAAGGAAUCUGGGACUCAACCUUUGCGAGCAUGGUGGCGGUCGAGAUGAUGUCCGUCGAGAUGGGGAGGGACGUGACGGCGUAUGUGGAGGGGCGGGAGGAGGCCCUGGCUGCCGUGCCGGACAGGGCGGCGCGGAUCUGUCAUACUGCGACGCGGUUUGUCGACCGUCGCUCGGUGCAGGUCAUGUAUCGUGCUAGAGAUGGUAGGAUCUGUUAGUCUACUAGUGGACUUCAUUAUUGAUAGUAUAACUAGU